GUUGGUCCGACCUGUUCAAGCUUGAUCUCGAUUUGUCCAAUGAGGAACGGGCUUCGCAGGGUCUGUCGGGAAAGGCCGCCGGCCUAUAUAAGCGGGCUGCGGGGCGUAUCCUCGCGUUAGGGGUGCGGCGAGGGAGUCUGUGGAGGGUUUGUUUUGGUUUGGUCCUGUGCUCGCUGAGACGGCACACCUCGAGAACUAUGGCGGAAGGAGAUAAUCGCAGCACCAAUCUGCUGGCUGCAGAGACUGCAAGUCUGGAAGAGCAGCUGCAAGGAUGGGGAGAAGUGAUGCUGAUGGCAGAUAAAAUCCUCCGAUGGGAAAGAGCCUGGUUUCCACCUGCCAUCAUGGGUGUGGUUUCUUUGGUGUUUCUGACUAUCUACUAUCUAGAUCCAUCUGUUCUAUCUGGUGUUUCCUGUUUUGUUAUGUUUUUGUGCUUGGCUGACUACCUUGUUCCCAUUCUAGCACCUAGAAUUUUUGGCUCCAAUAAAUGGACCACCGAGCAACAGCAAAGAUUCCAUGAAAUUUGCAGCAAUCUAGUAAAAACUCGACGCAGAGCUGUGGGCUGGUGGAAACGCCUCUUUACACUAAAGGAAGAAAAGCCUAAAAUGUACUUCAUGACCAUGAUCAUUUCUCUUGCUGCGGUUGCUUGGGUGGGACAGCAAGUCCACAACCUCCUUCUCACCUACCUGAUAGUGACUUUCUUACUUUUGCUUCCUGGACUGAACCAACAUGGGAUCAUUUCGAAAUACAUCGGAAUGGCCAAAAGAGAGAUAAACAAGCUUCUCAAACAAAAAGAAAAGAAAAAUGAAUAAAGCAUUCGCUUUAUUCGGUGUGAUUAAUGGAGUAUACAUUGUCCUUGGGAACAGUGUCUGUUAUGCUGUUUGGAUACUAAAAUGUUACAGAAGUAGCUCUCUGCUGUCCCUCACUCUGCCCUUAGUACAAAUUCUGACUUGCUAAGCAAGGCUUUAUGCCCAGUGUCUUCAUGGGUGUGUUUUUAGCAGCUGCCCUUAAAUGGACAACUCUUUCUUCAGUUCCUCAUCUUGUUUUUUUGUCACCCAGGGUUAACUGAACUCUUACUUUUAAAAUAACAUAGUGGUGAACUUCACCCUUCAGUACAGUUAACAGUGACUUGGGAUAACUGUUCAAGUUGAUCUUUAUUUUAGCUGGAUACAGGAUAGUGGCCUGUGGCUUCAGGAAGCUUAUUCUCUCGUCUGCUUCCAUGGUCUGCUAAAAAAAAACUGGCUUCAGAAGUUUACCACUUCUGAUGAAGAGACCAAUUAAGAUUCAUUCCUCAUUCUGUUUUGAUAGUGUGGGAGAAGCAGCCUCAUGGAAUAAGAUGAAACUAAUCCCAUGCCUUAGCAUGUGUUUUCUCCCUUGUGCAGAAUUUAGCAGUUUUUAGGAAACAUUGAUCCUUCCUCCCAAAUGGGGAAUCUGACAGGAACUUUUAGAACUCUUGUUCCCUUGCACUUAAACUUGAAGUUGGUACAUCCUUAAAGGCUUUUUAAUAGCAGGCUUACACAAGUUGGUAUUUAGGACCUUUAAAUUUCAGAUUUUCAGUUAAUUGGAACUAAAGUCCAUAAUAGGUUAAGAGUCAUGUCUAUGAUCUUCACUCUAAGACCAGCCAAUAAAGGACUGAAGUCUUCCUGUGUUGAGUCAAGAUUCAUUUCAGUAGAAAAUAGCCUUAUCCUACUAAUUUUUCAAGACCAGAAUAAGCCUUUACAGAUAAGUCUCAAGAGUCUCCUUUGAUGGUAACACUGGCUGCUUUUGGUCCCAAUAGAUGGAGUAGUUGAAAUCUGUAGGAAUGGACCUCUGAGGGCUGGAAAUGUGACAUAUUUGGGAACAAUUCUUAAACUGAUUAACUAGCUGUAAUAUAGUUUUGUGAAUUUAUUGCACUGAUGCUGUGAAACCUGGACCUUGUGGUAUAUCAGUCCCUAAAUUAGUGUUAUUUUCUCCCCUUCAAUAUUGCUGUAAACAGUGGCACCAUGUAGCAUGUUUGACUUUUUAAAAAAAUGUUUCGUAUACAACCUACAAACUACCAUAAUUUACGUGUGUUUGCUCAUUGUAUAUAAGCUUGUCUUCCUGUCCAAAUUUUUUGUGUGUAUGUGUGUUCUACCAAUUAACUACUUUAGCAGUUUUAAUCCUGUAUUAUUUCUUCUACUUUGUUAAAAGGGGAAUAAAUAAAAAAGCUGGAAUCCCU